GUUACAUAUAAUUAAGGGAUUAAAAUUUAAAACUCAGAUGUUAAAAAUAUUAAGAAUUCAAAAUAGCUGUUUACAAUAAAGUUGUUUAAUUAUUCUUUUAAAUAUGGUGAAAAUAAUAUUCCUUCAUCCGGAUCUUGGAAUAGGUGGGGCAGAACGUCUUGUAUUAGAUGCGGCUUUGGCUUUCAAAAGUAAAGGCCACGAAGUCUCAUUUUUUACCAACCAUCAUGAUCCCUCUCAUUGUUUUGCUGAGACAAGGAAUGGGACAUUUCCCGUUACUGUCGUUGGAGAUUGGAUUCCGCGUUCUAUUCUAGGAAGAUUUAAGGCGGCUUUCGCUUAUCUGCGUAUGGUCUACGCUGCAAUUUAUCUUGCCUGGUACGUUAUCCCUGUCGAAGAACCAACCCUUAUAUUCUGUGAUCUCAUAUCAUUAUGUAUUCCAUUUUUAAAAUUCGCGAGGGGCCCAUUCAGAGUUGUCUUCUAUUGUCAUCACCCAGAUAAGCUCUUAAGCACAGAGCGUGGUUUUCUUAAAGAUCUAUAUAGAGCUCCCUUGAAUUGGCUUGAGGAACUUACAACUGCACAAGCAGAUAAGGUUUUGGUUAACAGUAAAUAUACUGCAAGAGUAUACAAAGAUGCAUUUCAAAAAAUAAAGGAUGUCCCUGACAUUUGUUAUCCAUCUAUCAAUACAGAAUUCUUUAAGAAUACUACUCCUAAGAAUCUCAAAGAAGUAGUUCCUGUUGGAACAGAUAAAUUUUUAUUUCUAUCCAUAAACAGAUAUGAAAGGAAAAAGAAUCUUCAAUUAGCUUUGCGAGCCUUUGAACAACUAAGACAUAUGUUAUGUGAAGAGGAUUGGUAUAGAGUGCAUUUAAUAAUGGCUGGUGGUUUUGAUCCAAUAAACUUAGAGAAUAUGGAACAUUUUAUUGAACUGACUGAUUUGGCAAGUGAACUGGAUAUUGAUGAUAAGGUAACAUUACUGAAAUCACCCAAGGAUAUUAAUAAGGUAUCACUGUUAUACCAUUGUAACACAUUAAUAUACACACCAUCCAAUGAGCACUUUGGUAUUGUGCCUCUAGAAGCAAUGUAUUACAGUAAGCCAGUUAUUGCUGUGAAUAGUGGGGGUCCUACAGAGACAGUUGUAAAUGAUGUAACUGGAUUUCUAUGUCCUCCAACCAGUGUUGACUUUGCUGAAGCAAUGGCAAAAUUAGUUCUUAACCCUGAACUAGGAGUAAAAUUAGGGGAAGCAGGCAGGAAGAGGUUUGAAAGUAAAUUCUCAUUUGAUGCAUUUACUGAACAAUUAGAUGGUAUUUUGACCAGAGAAAGACAGCUUAUUUCUGAGGCUAGAGCUAUUGAAUAUGACCAUAAGCGUAAAUAGCAUGAAAGUGACACUCAAACAAUAUUUGACAUUGUUUGAGUGUUAAUCUUGAUUGGUUGACUAUUUCUUUAGUGCUAAAUGAAAAGUGCUGUCGAUCAGAAGUAAAAUAUUUAUUAGGAAUAAAAAUCCAUACAUUUUCAUCUUUCAAAAUAUCAAUGAUUAUUACCAAAUUAAGAAUUUAUGAUUUUGCUUUGUUAUCAACUUAUUGAUAGAUAUAGAAGAUUAAUGAUUAAAUAAUUUUAGACUUAAUUAUUUGAGGUGUUAUAGUGAUAGACUUGACUGAUUAAAAUGGUUGGAUGUAAUUUUAAAUAGAGAUAUUAAAACAUUUUGUGAUAUGCUAAAACACUAUAAUGGUUUAAAUUUCAUUAACAUGUAAAAUUAAAAUAGAUAGUUAUUUUCAAAGUUAGUAGUGUAUUAGUUGUUAUGUAUGUCUCAUUGUAAAAUUGUAAAUACAUUGUAACAUUGUACAUUGUAAUCUA